GCAGCAGCAGCAGCAGCAGCAGCGCGCACAGAUAUAGAUAGAUCGUUGCGGUGUGAGAGGGGAGAGAGGGAGGGAGGGAGGGAGGGAGGGAGGGAGAUGGCGGGAAGCUGCCUCGGUAUUUUUCGGACACCGUCGUCUUCGAUGAUUUUGGCGGGACGAAAGACCACGGUUGUUCCCGCCAGUCCUAUCUGGAUCGGGAUCCGGACUGCCACGUGUCUUCUCUUGAUCAUGGCCAGCCAGGCAAUCACCGCCGCAGCGAACGGUCAGGAUAAGAUCUGCGUCGUCGGCGGCGGAAUGGCGGGAAGCUGCGCUGCCUUUUUUAUCCACAGCGCAUGCGAUGGCGGGAAACUCAGUUACACUCAUCAUGAAGGAAAAAGCGCGGGAGAAUUUGCGGGAGGAUGCAAAGCUGAAGAGGAGGCAGGAGGGGCAAGAAAAAAGGCGGGAAGACAACAAUGGAGCAAUGCCAUGGGUAUCGUCGACGACGAGUUGGUUUCAACAUGUGAGGUGCAUGUCUUUGAGAAAUCCGAUGCCAUUGGCGGGAGAAUUUUGUCCUCCUUAUCUGUUCAGGAUAAGGUUUACGAAGUGGGCGACCUUCUGGCCACUGACGAUUAUCGUCAUGUCGCACACUUUGUCGAUCUAUUGAACCUGACCAGAUCGGGAUCGGGACGAGACAAGACCAGGUUUGGCAUAUUUGAUGGCAAGGCUUUCGUUUUCAAAGAGCGUCUGUCUGACUCUGAUGGCGGCGUAUGGAAAAGCUUGCACCGGAUUCGACAGCUAUGGCGGUACGGCUUUGGUAUGUUCACGGCCAAGAGCUUUGUGAAUCACGUGAUGACAAGGUUUCAUCUCCUUCAAGAUAGUCCGUAUAUUGUGGCGUACAAAACUGUGGCUGAAAUGUUGGACGCUAUCGACCUCGAAGAAAUUGCACAGAAACCGUUUGGAGAGCUCCUUAAGACCAAUCGAUGGAUAUACAACAUCAUGGUCGAUGAGAUCUUAGCAGGAGCAACGCGUGCACGAUCUGGGCAGAGCCCGAGUGUGAUGCAUGGCGUUGCGGGAGGCCUGGUGCUAGCUCCUGCAUUUGACCUUGAAAGCUGGACAGUGAAAGAGGGAUUCUCUGCAAUCCCUAGGAUGCUUCUAGAGCGAUCGCAUGCUACAGUUCAUUUGAACGCAGAGGUCCAGGUCGUUUCCAGAGCUGCAGAUGGAGGGUACAUGAUACGCCUGGCGUCCAAUGAGUCAGAGGAGUGCAGUGCAGUGAUUAUUGCAGCACCACUCCAAGCAGAGGAGAUCAAGCUCCCCGAAAAUGCACACCUACCUCGUCUUCGAUGGAAGCAACUGCAUGUCACCUAUGUUGAGGGUCUCAUCAAUCCAGCGUAUUUCGGGAUGCCUAAUCUAGCCAGUCUUCCAACGAACAUCGCCACGACGGAUCGAUCAGUUGCUCCCUUCCUAUACAUUUCAUACGCAAAUCCGAAUGCAUCAAAGAACGACGACGGACUCUUCCUUUACAGGGUGCUUUCAGCGGCGGCUUUCACUGACCUGCAUGUCAAUACAGUAUUUCAGUCAGCGAGAGCCACGUGGCGAACCACAUGGACCCCGUUCGUAGAGUUCUCGUCGCCCUCACCCGUUGGCGCAUUUUUGCUCGACGAUCAUCAUCUGUAUAAUGCCAAUGCCUUAGAGUCGGUAUUUGGUGGGAUGGAAGCAGCUGCGAUUGCCGCCGAAAAUGUGGUUCGGUUGAUGUUGGAGAGAAUGGGGUUCGGGGAGAUGGAACCGGAAUCGGAAUCGGGAUUGGGAUUGGGAUCGGGAUCGGGAUCGGGAUCGGAACCGUCUGCUACUCAUCGGAUUGCUCUCGACGAGAGCUCACCAUCAAGAAAAAGCUUGCUACCUUAUCUUGUCAGAUGGGAGAGUGAGCAGCAGGAAGAUAUUCUAACUGGUCCUCCUCACGAGCAGCAGCAGCAGCAGCAGCAGAAGCAAGAAGCAGUGACAGAGUCCAGUCGGUCACCCGGCGCUGAGACCGAGGCUGUGAAUCCUCCCAAGCCUGUUGAAAAUGUGGAUAGGAAUGUGGAUAAGCAUGAGAAUGAGGAGCCAAUUACACAAUCAAGGGAUGAGGUGCGGACACAAUUGCACGGAGAGGGAUGUUCUGCCCACUUGACAGAAAGCGAGAAAGACGAGUUGUAGAGAGCAUUGCCUACCGCACUAUGGUGCAGACAAUCUUCUGCUCCAAACGCCCAUUCAUACCCAUAUC